AUGAACAAAGGAAAAGUGGUACAGAAUGAUCCUGAGACAGAUACAGACCCCACUCAUCCUCUGGGGUUCACUUCGGUUCAUGGACAAACAUCAGCUCCACCACCUGGCGUUAUGGAGGGUCCAAUCCCAAAUAUAUCUCUAUUCAUCCCUACUGUGCCAACACAAGGGUUCUCCGCGACAGGAACACUUCUGGUAGUAGCUUUUGAUAUAGGGGUGAACAAAUCUGAGGUCGAGCAUCAUUAUGACGUGCUAGAGGAGCUCUUGAAAGCUAUUAAAGGAUUUAGCACAUUCGACUCUGUUGAUCCUAGUGACCUUUGUUUGGCACCAAAAGUGAUCCUACCACCAAAAUUUAGAAUCCCUGAAUUUGAAAAUUUUGAUAGAACCCGCUGUCCUAGGACCCACUUGCGCCUCUACUAUCAGAAAAUGGCCGCUCACUCAAAUGAUGAGAAAUUAAUGAUGCACUGCUUUCAGGAUAGCUUGAGUGGAGCAGCUAUUAGAUGGUAUAUUCAGCAAGACCGAGCCCAGAUUCGCACUUGGAGAGAUCUAGAAAAUGAUUUUAUAUCUCAGUACCGUCAUGUAAUAGAAAUGGUACCCGAUCGCAUGACCCUACAAAGUAUGGAGAUGAAGCCUACCGAAACAUUUAGGGAAUAUGCGUACAAGUGGAGGGACAUUGCCAUCUAA